CAAAGUAGAGUUGUCAAUGUCAUUCAUAUUGUAUGGCAGUUCAUUCGUGCUACAAAAAUAGCGUUUCCAACUAAUAAACGUAAAUUCUUCACACGCCGCCUUAACAUUAAGAUUCAGCUUUCUUGAAUUAAAAUGCCGGAAAAUCAGAAUCUUGUGCAGUGUUAUAACCGUGGCUGCGGCCAACUCUUCGACCCUAACAAUAACGACAAAGAUGAAUGCCGUCACCAUCCAGGCAGUCCAGUGUUUCAUGAUGCAUAUAAAGGUUGGUCUUGUUGUAAUAAGAAGAGCGUUGAUUUUACUGAAUUUCUAAACAUUAAAGGAUGUACAGUCUCGAAGCAUUCUAAUGUGAAACCUCCAGAACCGGAGAAAAAGGCUUUGGAUAAGGAUCUGGAUACAAAAGAAGUGAUUGAAAUAAGAGCACCAGUAGUGGGCCCACAAUUGCCAAGACCUCCUUUUGACACACCCUUGGUUACACUGAAACCUACAGUUGCUGAAGCUUUAAAACAAGCUGUGCAAAAUACAUCACAACCUACUGCUUCUACUGAUGAUGGAGCUGUUGCAAUUGGUACAUCUUGCAAGAAUGGAGGUUGUGGUGUCACUUAUGAAGGUCCACACACAAAUGACAGCAUAUGCACUUACCAUCCUGGUUGUCCAGUCUUCCAUGAGGGUCUAAAAUUCUGGUCCUGCUGUCAGAAGAGAACUACAGACUUUAACACCUUCCUCAGUCAACCUGGCUGUACUACUGGCACUCAUAAAUGGACUAAAGAGGGUACACCAGCUGGAACAGUUAAGUGCCGAUGGGAUUGGCAUCAAACCCCUGAUUACGUUAUUGUGAGUGUAUAUGCCAAGAAAUACGACCCAGUACUAAGUUUUGUUAAACUGAACCCUAUUCGUCUCAACACUAAGUUGGUAUUCCGAGAGCAGGGUGGUGCAUCAUUUGACUUAGAUCUGGAACUUAGAGGUGUCAUAAGUGUUGAAAACAGCAGUGCAUCAAUGUUGUCAACGAAGAUUGAGAUCAAAUUGAAAAAGGGAGAACCAGGUGCAUGGAGUAAAUUGGACUUUCCUCGCGCAGAGCCAAAGAAAGUGGAGGAAAAACCACAAGAAGAAGAAGUUAAACCUUCUGAAGAUGACUAUGAAGAUCUUUCCACUGUUGAAGCUGUUCAACCAAUGGGAAAACUCAAUGUGUCUGGUUGAUUAAUUAGUUAAUUUUAUAAAUAUAGUUAAUAUGUAUUUGACAAUUUUUUUAUGAAGCACAAUGGUCUUUAUCUCAUCUAAGUAAUUAAUUGUAUAUGAGUGCUCUUCUGGCAGAUGUGCAUUUAUUUACCGAAUAAAUAUUAAUUGUGCUUUAACUAUUAUGAA